AUGGUGGUCUCUCUCUCUUACGUGACUUCUUUUUUCUUAGCCUUUUUUACACUAGCCCUCUUUCUACUAUGUUUUUCUCACUUGUUCUUUGUGUCUCGUCUCUCCUUCCUGUUCUCUCCGUGUGUGUCUCUCUCUCGUCUCCCCCCCCGUUUUCUCCGAGUGUGCCCCUCUCUCGUCUCUCCCUCCCGUUCUCUCCAUGUGUCUCUCUCUCUCGUCUCUCCUUACCGUUCUCUCCGUGUGUGCCUCUCUCUCGUCUCUCCUCCCAGUUCUCUUCGUGUGUGUCUCUCUCUCGUCUCCUUUCCGUUCUCUGUGUGCGUGUCUCUCUCUCGUCUCUCCUUUCCGUUCUCUGUGUCUGUGUGUCUCUCUCUUGUCUCUGCUUUCCGUUCUCUGUGUGUGUGUGUCUCUCUCUCUCGCCUCUCCUUCCCGUUCUGUGUGUGUGUGUGUCUCUCUCUCUCGCCUCUCCUUCCCGUUCUCUGUGUGUGUGUGUGUGUGUCUCUCUCUCUCGUCUAUCCUUUCCGUUCUCUGUGUGUGUGUGUCUCUCUCUCUAGUUUCUCCUUUCCGUUCUCUGUGUGUGUGUCUCUCGCCUCUCCUCCCCGUUCUGUGUGUGUGUGUGUGUCUCUCGUCUCUCUUUCCCGUUCUGUGUGUGUGUGUCUCUCUCUCGUCACUCCUUUCCGUUCUCUCUGUAUGUGUCUGUGUGUCUCUCUCUUCUCUCCUUUCCGUUCUCUGUGUGUGUGUGUCUCUCUCUCUCCCGUCUCUCCUUCCCGUUCUCUGUGUGUGUGUCUCUCUCUCUCUAGUCUCUCCUUCCCGUUCUCUGUGUGUGUGUCUCUCUCUCUCUUUCUAGUCUCUCCUUCCCGUUCUGUGUGCGUGUCUCUCUCUCUUUCUCGUCUCUCCUUCCCGUUCUGUGUGUGUGUGUGUGUGUGUAUCUCUCUCUCUCGUCUCUCCUUCUCGUUCUCUCCCGUCUCUUACCACUUUCUCUCUUUCUAA